UCUGGUUGGGUUGGCUAUUAAAUGACACGAAAAAGGAGCCUGUUCUCUUGGUGUUGUUUAAUCUGCCUUUGCUUCAUAUGCCUUCUUCCUUCAGCUGCACUUUCUUACCCUUUCUCUCACAUUUGCCUCUGGAACUCAUGGCCAGUUUGCUCACUGUGGUGGUGGUAACACUGCUCUGUGUUGGGAGCGGAGGGGGACGUGCCAUAGCACAAGCGGUGCAGCGCCAUGUAGUAGGUGAUGACCUUGGCUGGGAUCUUUCUUCCAAUUUGGCUGCUUGGUCCAAGGAUAGGAUCUUUAGGGUCGGAGAUGAGAUUUGGUUUGCGUAUGCAGCAGCCGAAGAGAGAAUCCUCGAGCUACGGAGCAGCGACAAGCUCGAGGAAUGCGAUCUCGACGACCCCAUCGGCAUGUACACCAGCGGCGUCGAUAAAGUGAGACUCGACGGAGAAGGGGCGCGCUAUUUCGCCAGCUCUACGUCGGAGAACUGCAAAAACGGGCUCAAGCUACGCGUGCGUGUAGUGCCUCGGGCGACAAACGACGAGCAUACAAGGUUUGCAGCAGUGAGUGCGGAGGCGGCGGCGGGGCCGGUGCCGUCCGCCUCGGCUCGUCUCAAGGCGCCUCAGCUCUUGUGGAUUGCCUUCGUGAUUGCUGUCGCCAUGUGGUUUUAGCUUUGCGUAGUAUUUACUGUCAUCUGAACUUUGUCCAACUUUAGUUAGUGCUGGUUAAGUCAACGUUGAUUAGAGUUAAGUUAUUAGAUUAAAUUGA